CAUGUCCAACUGGCAUCGCCCUCAAGUCUGAUGGGAAAACCUGUGACCAUGCAAUGUUCUACAAGACAAGCUCAGAGAAAUUCCUAAUCUUUGCCGAAGCAGACACUGGAGAAAUCUACAAGGUUCCUCUGGAAGUACCUGAAACCCCUUGUUAUCCUUUGGGAAUCACCGCAAACAUCUCAAGACCCGUGGCUGUUGAUUAUGAUCCAGUGGAGGGAAAAAUCUAUUGGACAGACGUAACGUUGGAAUUACUGGCCAGGGCAUUUCCUAACGGAUCUUUAGUUGAAGUCAUCGCGUACGGUAACGUGACAACUCCUGGAGGGCUGGCAGUGGAUUAUGUUGGACGUAAUAUUUAUUGGACAGAUGAGGGAGCCAGUAGAAUUGAGGUCGCAAGGUUGGAUGGGUCAUCCAGAACUAGUCUAAUCACGUCAAGCGUUGUAGAGCCAAGAGCCAUUCUACUUGAUAUUGGAGAAAGGUAAUCUUGAAAUUACAAAUAUGUAGCUGUCAAUGAUACUGACGCACUAUCGAAUAUCUAUGCAAACCAAAGCAAUAUUAACAAGUUGUAACUCUUCUACAAGUUUGAUUGACCGUUGUAGACUUUUUAGAGGUAUUCGUUCAUGCAUGAAAAUGUUUGGUGAUGUUUGAGAAUGUUGACAAAU